AUGAUGAACACUUCUGAGAAGAGUGGUGGUCCAGCUCGUGAAGAAUCUUCCUUCUAUCCGUUUCGGUCGAUGGCAAGAGACUGUAGGAUUAAGGAAAUCCCAAGCUCUGGUGACAAAUUAUCAUGGGCUGGUGUCAGAGAGGUGAUCACAAAUGGUGUGAAAGAAAACGUAUGGGUCCAGUGCAGACUGGACAGAGCUUUCGGGAACUCAGAGUGGUUCAGAAUGUUCCCUCGUUCACACACGACGUACUUGGAGCGGCUUGGUUCUGAUCAUAGGCCUAUACUAACGAACAUCAGAGGUACCGUUUCCAAGCGUGUGGGACGCUUCUUAUAUGACAAGAGAUGGAGCAAUAAACCUGAAGUAGUGGAGAUCAUACGCAAAGGAUGGAACUCCCAUACGAUGACUAGAGGGGCCUCAGUUUCAGAACGUAUUGAAACUUGCAGGAAGUUAUUAUCAAAGUGGAAGCGCUCUGAAGUGAGCAACUCUAAGAAGAUGAUUGUGAAGCUUCGAGUAGAGUUAGAGCAGGAGGAGAUGAAGCUGGUACCUUCCAUGUCAAGAAUAGUGUACUUGAAGCUGGAAUUAGGAAAGCUUUUUCAAGAAGAAGAAGAGUACUGGAAGCUCAGAAGCAAGAAUAACUGGUUACAGUCAGGAGAUAAAAACACAAAAGUGUUUCAUGGUUGGGCUAAAACCAGAAAGAUGAAGAAUAACAUCUCAAGCCUCACCGAUGCUGAUGGGAUAGAGCACACAUCUGAGGAAGCAAAAGGAGACAUAGCAAUCAAAUACUUUACGGAGCUUUUCAAGUCUUCUAAUCCAACAGAUGCUACUGAUCUCCUCCGAGACUUUGAGCCGAGGGUUACCCCCAGGAUGAAUGAAAGCUUAGUCAAACCGGUUACAGACGCAGAGAUAAAGAAAGCGGUCAAAGCCAUAAAGAGUGACAGCUCACCUGGAGCUGAUGGGAUAUCUGGACAUUUCUUUGAACAGUUUUGGGAGAUUACUGGUCCGCAGGUGGUAGCAGAAGUCAAGAGUUUCUUCAUUGAAGGAGCGAUCCCUCAAGACUGGAACUUCACUCAGCUAUGUCUACUCCCAAAGAAGCCAAAUCUUACUUUCAUGACGGACUUGAGACCAAUAAGUCUUUGUGCAGUAUCUUAUAAGAUUGUGUCCAACAUCUUAUGUGCACGACUGAAGGGUAUACUUCCCUCUCUAGUAUCACCGACUCAGGGUGCUUUUGUGGCGGGUAGAUUGAUCUCUGAUAACCUACUGAUAGCACAUGAGAUGGUGCAUGGUUUAAAGACCAACCCGAACUGCAAAGGGGACUUCAUUGCAAUCAAAACUGAUAUGUCCAAGGCCUACGAUCGAGUAGAAUGGGGUUUCCUAGAGGUUUUGCUUCAGAGAAUGGGUUUCGACAGCAAAUGGAUCCAGUGGAUCAUGAUGUGCAUCAGUUCUGUUACUUAUACUGUACUCAUCAAUGGACAACCUUAUGGAAAGAUCACUCCGGAACGUGGUAUCAGGCAAGGAGACCCUCUUUCACCGUUCUUAUUCAUAUUGUGUGCAGAAGCAUUAGUCCACGUUAUGAAUCGAGCUGAGAUUGAAGGUAACAUUACUGGGAUGCGUUUGACAAAGAAUUGUCCUCCUAUCCAACAUCUGCUCUUUGUCGACGACAGUUUGUUUCUAUGCACAGCAACGUUAAAAGAAUGUACAAGCUUCCUGCACUGCCUGAAGUUAUAUGGUAACGCAUCGGGUCAAGAGAUCAAUUUUCAGAAAUCAUCUAUCACUUUUGGCGCUGACAUUGAUCCAGUAAUGAAACGCCUUCUAGCGGAGUUGUUAGAGAUUGAUAAAGAGAGUGGAGCUGGUACUUACCUUGGACUUCCGGAAUGCUUUAGUGGCUCAAAGCAAAAGCUGUUAGCCUUUAUAGGUGAGAAACUAGGUAAAAGAUUGAGUGGAUGGUAUUCCAAAACCCUUUCACUUGGUGGGAAGGAGGUGUUACUCAAGUCUAUUGCCAUGGCUCUGCCUGUUUAUGCUAUGUCCUGUUUCAGACUGACGAAGCAUCAUUGUCAGAAAAUUAUGAGCGCAAUGUCAGCUUUUUGGUGGAAUGCGUGUAGUGAUAAGCAGAAGAUACAUUGGGUCUCUUGGCCAAAACUUUGCCUUCCAAAGGAACUUGGUGGUUUAGGCUUUCGUGACAUAGAGGAUUUCAAUCAAGCCCUACUGGCUAAACAGGCUUGGAAGUUGCUAAACGAGCCACAAAGUCUUCUUGCGCAAGUGUUUAAAGGGAGAUACUAUGCUAACAAAGACUUUCUAGACUGUGGGCAAGGUUACAGACCUUCUUAUGCUUGGCGAAGCAUUCUGUUUGGUCGAGAACUACUACAAAAGGGGCUCAUCAAAUCGAUUGGGAAUGGACGUGAUACAUAUGUUUGGGGAGAGAAAUGGAUCUUAGAUGAGGUACCUCGGAGACCUAUAAACCGUCAACUCCUCUUUGACGUAAUGCUCAAGGUGUCGGCAUUAACAGAUGGCUCAGGUGGUUGGGAUAAUGACAAACUGGCGGAGUUAUUUCCUCCCAAUGAGAUCCAUCGAAUACAGCAAAUGAGGCCAGGUGAUACGGAGGACUGCUAUAUAUGGGCUUUUUCACGUCAUGGAGCGUAUACAGUGAAAACCGGAUAUGAAAUGUUGGUGCGAGCGAAAGCAGCAGUCUCUGGAGAGAUCACGCAACAGGAGCAGACUCGAAAUGGCUUGAAGAAACGGAUAUGGAAGAUGGCAACAUUACCUAAGAUCCGAAUGUUCUUAUGGAGAGCAGUUUCAGGAGCACUUGCGGUUGCUGAACGUCUUAGCUGCAGAGGUUUGGAUGUGAAUCUUACCUGCAAACUGUGUAAUGGAGGAACAGAAUCGAUCAAUCACGUCAUGUUUCAAUGUCUGGCAGCUGCUUCUAUAUGGUCCGCCUCAGGAAGUCCUCUUCAUGCUAACACUCUGCACCGAUCCCUUGAGGAAAACAUGACUUACAUAUUCGAUAUGAUGGAGGACAAGAGCCGACCUCAAGCAAUAUCACGAACCAUACCGUGGGUCCUAUGGCUAAUAUGGAAGAGCAGAAACUCUAUUUUAUAUGCUGAUACACAAGUCUCCAAAGAUAAAGCCUUAAAAGACAUGAAGGAGGAAGUAGAUCAAUGGUUUGUUCUUAACCUUCCUAAAAUACAGAACACGGGACAGAGGAAUAAUGGAGAGAAAUGGCUUCCACCAGAGGAGGGGGCUAUAAAGUGUAAUAUACACGCAAACUGGCGCAAUGCAGCUCUACACAGCGGAGUAGCGUGGAUAGCAAGAGAUGAGUCGGGGAAUGUGCUACACCAUGCACGAGAUGCACUCAUCAACACACCAAAUCGCCUAAUUGCAGAGUUAAGGUGUGUGAGUUGGGCUCUUAACAGUCUAUCGGAUCUUGGAGUGACAAAGGUGGUCAUUGCGUCAGACUACAAGGAGGUCAUGGAAGCCUUAAAAUCUCCUCGACAAUGGCCAAGAUACAGGGACUUAAUACAGCAAGUGUUAAAGAUCCAAGAUAAGUUUGAGAUGGUGUCUUUUGAAUCUGAAGGAGUCACUGCAAAUGGGAUAGCAAGAGACAUAGCGAGAAGUGUUUUACGAGAUGGAAGAUUCCAGUCUUAUUUAGCUUUGGGUGGUCCAUCUUGGUUGCAUGACAGGCUCACGAGAGAAAGGAAUGGAAGCGGCAUUUGA